UUCAAAAGGCGAGAUCAGUCUCAAAAUACAUAUUCAGAAUUUCUGAAUGAAAUGAGGGAUGAAUCAGCUAGCUGAUCCUAGCAUCCAUUUCCUAUAGAAGGUAUCCAUAGGAGUCUCAUUAAAUAAUGAAACUUAGAACAUCCCUUUGUUGUUCUUACAUGUAGGUCACUGCAAGUGUGCUAGCAAGCAGCAUCGCAGAUAACGUCCAGGUAGACAGUAGUUCAGUUCCUUAUUGCUGUUAUGACACUUGGUGAUAAGGUGCUGCUGGCAGUGAGGGCAAAUGUCUUAAGCUGGCUGGUUUUUUUCUUAAUAUCUUGAUUUAUAAUCCCCACAGCAAUAUAAGUAUGUAAAAAGUUACAGUGGGGGUCUGCAUAUUAGAACAGUAGUCCAGCAUGAGCUUUAAGAGAACUGAACUCCUGGAAUAGGUUACAUACCCUGGAAAUGUGAUACUGUCAUCUAUGUACUCUGAAAUACACCAAAUCAUAACUUUUGAUUAAUCAUCUUCUCAGUUUCUAUAGAACACCAUGACAUUAAAAUCCAUUCAUCUUACUGUGCAUGUUACAUUUUACUUAGUGCUUUACAGGGGCUCCUGAGUACCCCAGUCAAAUGCAGUUUAGCAAAUAAAGCUUUCCUUCCUUUUAUAGUAUUCUGUUUCUGCAUAAUCCUCGCUAACAAUAGGGAAAGAAGUUGGCUAUGAUGUCAAACAUUUUUCAGACAACAUAAAGCUUAUUUAAAAUGAACAUAAUUAUUUCCAUGUCAGUUCUUGAAAGAGCACAAUUUACUAUAUCAGAAUUUUUUUAAAACUCUAUAAUAGAUAAAGUGACUGCAUUACUCAUAAGGCAAUUUUAACAGCAGGAUUACACAUUGAAGUAAGAGUCAUGGUUAGUUAUUUUUCCAGUUUGUACUUUGGAAGUAUCAUCUGACAUCCCAAACAAUUUUAACAAUACUUUGAUUUUGCUGGCAGUUUCCAGCUGAGCUGAAGCAUUAAUGAAGAAAGCCCUGAUCCUUCAGAGGUUUACUUGCUCAGACUGGAGCCACUAAAUUCAAUAGAGCUACUCAAGAGUACUCAAACACAGGCGGUUGUGUCACACUCCCUGUGGAGGAGAGGCUUUAGUUUGCAGUCCCUGUGAAACAGCCACUUUCACAGGGCAUGGAAAGCUGUUCUCUCUCCAUAAGGCUGAACUCCACAAUGUUGAGAGGAAUCGCUCAUGGUGCAAAAGGUACAUUUACUGUUCUGUUGGCAAGAUCUCAAUACUGUAACUCGGGACUGAAUUUUUUAUCAGUAUGGACUGAAGUAGCAAACAGAAGCUUCCUAAUACAUUCCACUUACACAACUGAUAGAAAAUCAAGAGAAGAAAACAAAAAUACCAUUGAGAGUCUCUACAGAUUGUCAGUUGACAUUAAUAAAAUACGCAAACUAAAGGAAUGGGUCCUUCUCCAGGAUAUGGCCUAUGUUAAAGAAAUUGCUGGUAUCUUACAAGAAAUGGGAGCGGAUGAAACUGCCGUAGCUAACAUUUUAGAACGCUGCCCAGAGGCAAUUCUCCAUACCCCUGCAGAGGUAAACUCUCAGAGAAUUCUAUGGCAAUUAGUAUGCCAGAAUGAAAAACAGUUGAUUAAAUUAAUAGAGCAAUUUCCAGAGUCUUUCUUUACUACUGAAUAUCAUGACAACCAGAAGGCAAAUAUACUCUUUUUUCAAGAGUUGGGCCUUAAGAAUAAUAUAAUCACCAGGUUCUUGACAAGCGCACCCAAUAUUUUCUAUAAUCCUGUUGAGAAAAACAAAAACGUGAUAGAGACGUUACAAAGAAGUUACUUAAGUUUAGGAGGUUCUGAUGCAAACAUGAAGAUCUGGAUACUGAAGCUAUUGAGCCAAAAUCCGUUUAUUUUAUUAAGUAGCUCCACCGCAAUCCAGGAGAACUUGGAAUUUCUCCAGAAGAAUGAUUUCACUGACCAUGAAGUUCUACAGCUGCUGUCCAAACUUAAAGGUUUCAUUUUUCAACUUACUUCUACUGCUAUGCAGAAGAGCAUGCUCUUUUCCAAAAAGGUCUUUAAUUGCAGUGACCAAGAAUUAAAACAGCUAGUGCUCAAGUGCCCAGCACUCCUCUACUAUUCUGUUCCAGUUCUGGAAGAAAGACUUGAAGGGCUACUGAAGGAAGGAAUUUCUAUUGCGCAGAUCAGAGACACACCAAUGGUGCUGGAGUUGACGACACAAAUUGUUCAGUACCGAAUUAAAAAACUCUCCGCAUUAGGAUAUGAUAUAAAGAAUGGAACUCUAGAAAGCUUGAAUGGUACUAAGAAAGAUUUUGAGGUCAAUUAUGGUAAGAUACAAUCAAAGAAGGAGAGACCAAUUUUCAAUCCUGUUGCUCCUAUACACACCGAAGAUUAAUUUGAAUACCGUACUUUAAGCAAAAAAAAAACCAAAACAACAAAACACUAUCAAAGAGAAAAGAGAUGGUGGUUCUUUGAGAAGAGCCGAAACAAAAGUAAUCUUAACCAGAUCGUAGUCUUAUACUGUACUUUGCCUUGGAGUGGGUGUUUGGCAUAACUUCAUUAUUACAAUUGUAACUUUGUAAUACUUUCAAAUAAUAUUGUAGAACCUGGUUAUGAUAAAGGUUGCUUUUUUCCCCCCAGGGAGUACCUCACAUGGGGUUUUUUGGUUCUGUUACAUUUUGUUACCUAACAGGGAAUUAACUGCUUUGGAUUUUCAGCUGUCACUUCACAGUCCAGCCUCUGGUAGUGGUUAGCACAAUCUUUAUCUGAGAAAGAAAAAAUAAAAGGUUUGUUCAUCAA